CUGAGGUGGCGCAAAUGGAUCCCACCUUAUCGAUGACCUGGACGGCUGUCAACUGGUCGUCAAACAGAUAUUUCUGAGAACAACGGAGGCUGCCAGUUUGCAGAUGGGGUGUUAAGUUGUUUCUCACCAUAUGUCAUAACCUUCGGAAAAGUUCACUCGAGUUUAGCUUGAAGUUGACACACAGGUAGAACAUGUCCACGCGGUAUAUUAGGAAGGUCUAUGGGAACGAUUUGAUAUCGAAACCAGAGCGUGGUAAGGAAAGUGACAGCGAGAACUCACCAGUUGCAGCUGGAGAUGAUAAGAAUUUUAAUGUGUUCAAUCUGUUGACAGAGGAUUCGGUAAGUGGCAGUAAUGAGGACGAACAUACUGCUACCGAGCAGAAUGUCGUCCCUGACGAGACUAAACGAAAGAAGAAGAAGAAAAAGCGGAAGAAGCCUGGAGCUCCUAAGAUUCAAGAUAGCCCUAAGAGUAAAUUAAAAGAUAGCGAGAAUGAAGAUGAAAUCGAGAAGAUGGUCAAGGAAGUGAACAAGUUGCUCGGUGAACCCACUCCUGGAACCAGUAAAGAAAACCCGGAGACUUCUGAAGCUCUAAAAAAAUCCAAGGAGAGCAUGUUUACAAUCCAACAUAAGCACUUGAACCCUUUCAAUGAACUCAAGAGGAUGUUUGGAUCCAAAACUGUUCAAGCCGAUCAGAGUAAAAGGAGGAACAGGGAUCGCAUUCACUUGAAGAGGACCUGGUUGGUGUCACCUCGAGAUAGAUGGCUUCCAAUUGGUAAAUCUGGGUUGACAAUGUCCUUAGAUACCACGGAGACCAGAGAUGGCAUCCAGUAUUUUAUAUACGAACACACGUCAUCCUACCAACAGGCACAGCUGAAAUUUCUACAAGCAGUGGAAAGCAUGAACCCCGAGAACAUAAUUAACGUCAUAAAUAUGCAUCCCUACCAUGUGGAUGGAUUACUUCAGCUGUCGGAUUUGUACAAACUCAGCGAGGAUCUCCCGAUGGCAGCAGAGCAAGUCGAGAGAGCCUUGUACUGUCUAGAAUGUGCGUUCCAUCCACUGUUCAAUGUGACCACGGCUACUUGCAGAUUAAAUUACAGAAGACAGCAAAAUCGUGCCUUGUUCAUAACGCUCUUUAAGCACUUCACCUUCCUAGGUGGUCGAGGAUGUUACAGGACUAGUUUGGAGUUCUGCAAACUCCUCCUAUCCUUGGACCCAGAAGGUGAUCCACUGGCAGUAGUGCUGGCCCUAGACUUUUACGCGCUGCGAGCUGGCGAAUACGAGUGGUUCAUCGAAUUUUGCAGCUUUUGGGACAAUGCGAGGAACUUGACCCAGCUACCAAACGUGGCGUACAGUUUAGCUCUCAGCCACUACUACCUGGGAGAACGAGAAAUCGCCGAUGAGCUUCUUCAGAACGCCCUGAUUAUGUUUCCAGGAGUUCUAUUUCCUCUGCUGAAUAAAUGUAGCGUGCAAACCGACACUCAAGUCACGAAACACGAAUUCUUUACCAUGAAAGCCACCUCCUCGACCAGUCCUGCUCUCGAGAAGUUACAAACAUUGUACGUAGCUCGCAGUUUUCCUUUAUGGAAAGACGCCGACAUUCUGCCGUGGUUGGAAGAGCAAGUCCACGUGGUGUUGGCACGGGCGGACUCCAGUGACGAGUUCGUCAAGUUUUGCCAGGAAAAGAGAAGCAAACGGUACCGAGGGAAUCUUCCUAGGAACAUCGUGAGGCACAUUAUACUCUCCGACAUAAAAGAAGUUACGGUCCAACUGCAGGAGGAUUACAACAGACCGAUGUUGUCACACGAUCCGUUGCCACCUACAGACUCGAUCGACCUGUAUGCAAGGCCUAGGUCAGGGGAGAGACGGAACCAGCAAAGUUCAAAUAUUUUGUCGCUCUUCUUUUCGUCCCUUUUUGUAGACGUAGAAGGAGACGUCGUGGCAGCGGCUUUAAAUGGCUUCAAUCUAUUCAACGAGAACGGCCAAAAUGAUGAAAAUGCAUAAUACGUGGGAACCCGAGGGUCGAUAUCUUUCCAAAGGGAUUGUUAUCAGUGGUCUACAAAUGUUUUCCGAAGCUAGCUGUUCACGUGUACGUACGAUCACUUCCCCAGUGCGACGAAACAAUAUCUGCAGUACACCUGCACGACGGUGCUAACUCAAUCAUGUUUUAAGAAGUCUGUAAUCGACCUAUCUGUAAACUCACCAAUGACUUAUUAAGUUAAGUGCAGUCCACUCUUGUAAUAUUCUGUAUACAGCGUACACGAUGGAAUCUAUAAAAGCUAAUGGAUAGAUCGGUUGCUGAUUGUAUCCGAGACGAUGCUCUACUUAUAAA